AUGCAGUGGAUCGUCCUCUCUCUCGCCGCAGUCGCCUCUGCGCUGCAGAGCCUACCGCCAGUUGACUUCGACAAUACAGGUUCAGGUGAUAACAAAGGCUUCUCCCUAGAAACGGCCGACCGAACGAUCUACCUGAAUGCGGAUUUCGCGAGCUGGAAGGAUCAGAAUGGAUUGACCUUGCUUCCACCGUCAGCAUCGGAUUUUGCCAAUACGUUUCGCGACGAUUUACAGGAACUGACCAAUAGUUCCUGGGAGCUUCGCACGGUUAAACACUUCCCCGAACACGCGUCGGGCAUAUUCCUCGAUCGGAUCGACAACUCGGGCCAAUUCACUUAUCAGAACGGAGAAGAAACGGAAGAGGGAUACGAACUGGAGGUCCAAGAUGGGGUCGUGUGCAUUCGAGGUUCUGGAGCACGCGGCAUGUGGUGGGGGACGCGAACGCUCCUCCAACAACUCGUGUUGACAGAGUCAUCCAUACAAUCCGGACGGGUGGAAGAUGCACCCGCCUAUGCGACGCGUGGAUUCCUCCUCGAUGCUGGUCGCAAAUGGUACUCACUGGAGUUUUUAAAAGACCUGUGCAGCUAUGCCUCGUUCUUUAAGAUGUCCGAGUUCCAUUACCAUGCGACCGACAACUAUCCGCUGAGUCGCGGUCCAAAUGUGACGUGGAAUAAGGUCUACUCGCAGUUUUCGUUGCAUCCCGAAGAUCCAGCUCUCCAGCCACUUGUUCAGCGUUCCAAUGAAACGCUGUCGCGGGCGGAGUUCGAUGAUUUCCAGAAUCACUGUGCUCAGCGAGGUGUGACGGUGAUGCCGGAGAUUGAGAGCCCUGGGCAUUGUCUAUCGGUGACGAAAUGGAGACCUGAGCUCGCACUGGAGUCGAGGGACCUGCUCAAUCUUUCCCACCCGGAUACCAUUCCGUUGAUGAAAUCUAUCUGGGCCGAGUUCCUUCCCUGGUUCCACACAAAGGAGGUGCAUAUCGGUGCCGAUGAGUACGAUGAUACCCUGGCAGAUGAUUAUGUUGAGUUUGUGAACGAGAUGGCCGAGUUUGUUCGUGAGACAUCUGGCAAGACGGUCCGUAUCUGGGGCACAUACGAGCCAUCGGACAUUACCAUUGACAAGAAUGUGACGAUUCAACACUGGCAGUACGGACAGUCGGAUCCAGUCGAUCUAGCCCGCAAGGGCUACAAGGUCAUUAAUUCUGAGGAUUGGUGGGGAUACAUGUCGCUGAAGAAUGAUCAUGUGCCUAUUUCCCCAGCCCCAUAUCCUCAAUUCUUCAACAAUGUUCGUGUUGUCAACUUCGCCGAUCAAAACGGAUGGCAGUGGGAUCCGCAGCUCUUUAAUCCAGUGAAUACAACCGAACAACCAGAUGCUGAAGCUGUGCCAGGUGCUCUUUUGGCCGCAUGGAAUGACAGCGGACCUGAUGCCACUACCCAACUCGAGGCUUACUAUGCAAUUCGUGAUGGCAUUCCAGUUGUCGCUUCCCGAGCAUGGACUGGUACCCGUGGGCCCCGUCUGAACACACAAACAUUGACCCAAUCGAUCGCUCGAUUGUCUUCUCAAGCUAUCGGACAAAACCUCGAUCGACGACUCCCAGGGGAAGAAGAUCAUUACUCCGGGCCGUUGCUGUCAUGGAAAAAUUCAGCGACAGAAUCAACCCGGGAUGCACAACAUUUAGGAUAUGGUAGCAAGGGAAUGGAUUACACCCUCGAACUACAGGUCACCGGCCCAUUUUCGUUGAAAUCCUCAGAUGCAACACUUGAGUUGUCGUCAGAUGGUGAAUUAACUUUUACUUCCGAUGGAUGGCCAUACCCACUCCGUUCAGUUGCGGAGUCGGAUGGCUUUGACGAAGAUCACCCCGGGCGGAUCUGGGUGAACCAGACCACCUCAAGCCACGAGGUUGUGAAAGUCCCCUGUAAAUCACAGCUCACUAUUUCCACAAACAAGAUGAGUGGAAGUCGCGUGUGGGUGAAUGAUGUCUUUAUCGGUCGCUUCGAAGUCUUUGUGUACGGGGGAAGGAAUCAGGUUUUCUCAUGGAGUCAGAUGGCUUUCGUUGCACCGUUAGAUACUUUCGAAGGCUCGGGUUUGCAGCGCUUGGAUAUUUUCCAUGGCAGCAGAGAUGACUGA